AGGCCAUCCAUCCAUCUACCCCCCACAAAAUAAAAAGCCCAAAAUUCAUUCGUUUCCCUUCUCCCUUCCUCGCUCCCCGUCCCCCGACUCGCCGCCGGCCGCGCCACCGGAGAAUCCAAACCCUCGCCGCCGCCGACGCCGCCGCCCGGCCGCGCAGAGCUCUGAUUCCGCGGAAUCCCUGCGCGCCUUCGCGAGAUUCCCUCGGGUUUGGGCGGGACCGUCGUCCCCUGGCCUGAGGGGGGGUUGCCGAGUUGGCGGCGGCGGUGGCAGGCGGCGAGAUGGGGGCGAACGCCGACCCCACGGGGGUGCUUCUGGGCGGGCCCCACCACCGCAACCCUUCCCCCGCGCCGGCGCUGGCCCAGCCGCCGGGCGCGAGCACCGCGGCGGCGCUGCGCCACGACCCGGGGCUCUCCGUCCGGUGGACGCCCGAGGAGCAGGCCGUGCUCGAAGGAGGGCUGGCCAGCUAUGCGGCGGAUGCAGCUGUAGUUCGCUAUGCAAAAAUUGCUAUGAAUCUGCCUGACAAGACAGUGCGAGAUGUGGCCCUGCGUUGCAGAUGGAUGGCUAAAAAGGAGAGUAACAAGAAAAGGAAGGAAGAGUCAUCUAAGAAAAACAAAGAAAAGAAGGAGAGAGCCAAUGAUUCUUCAUCAAAAGGGCCAGCUCACCUAGUGGCCCGACCUAAUGCUGCUCCAUAUUCUCUUCCAGUUCUUCCCAUGGAUGAUGAUGAUGUGUCAUACAAAACAAUUGGAGGCCAAACUGGUCAAAUUCUUGAGCACAAUGCACAGAUCUUGAACCAGAUCUAUACCAAUAUUUCAAACAUGCAGGUGCAGGAGAACAUCCCUCUUUUAUGUCAAACUAGGGAUAAUAUACUUGCAGUCCUGAAGGACAGGAUAGGCGAUGUUCCUGAGAUAAUGAGGCAGAUGCCACCCCUUCCUGUAAAGUUGAAUGAAGAACUGGCUAACUCUAUGUUGCCGAGGCCUCCACAUACAUGAUAUGUGCAACAGUUUGCUCAACCAAAUCAAUUGUGCAUGAAGAUCAGUUUAGAUAGAUGGGUUAUUUGCAUAUGCUUUGUCGCUAUAGAUUCCAGAUGUCUGAUUGUGCUGUCCAGAUCUUAAAUCCAGCCAUGUAACAAUUCUAUACCUUGGUUCUAUUUGUUCAGCUGAUAGUAGGUGCUCCGUGUACAAAGCCAGCAGUUUCAGUGAAACAAGUUCGUAGCCCUCUAGUCCUUGUAGAAAAAAAACAUAGGGGUUAACUUCUGUACAGUGUCGAAAGAAAUAGCAUCUUUUCUGUUUCAGUUAUGUUUAGAACUGGCAUUCAGCCCAAUCUUACAUGUUCGGACAUGAUAUAAUACAAGCAAAACUUCUUAAUUUGGCACU